AUGAGUUACGGAAGACCGCCGCCCCGUAUUGACGGGAUGGUUUCCCUAAAGGUAGACAAUUUAACAUACCGAACAACGCCCGAAGAUUUGCGCCGCGUAUUCGAAAGAUGUGGUGAUGUCGGAGAUAUAUACAUCCCAAGAGAUAGAUACACAAGGGAGAGUCGAGGAUUUGCAUUUGUCAGAUUCUAUGACAGGCGCGACGCUGAGGAAGCCCUAGAUUCACUUGAUGGACGAGCCGUUACGAUCGUCGCCGCAGCAAAUCCCGUUCACGUGGUCGCUCCAGGUCUAGAUCCCGUUCUCGCCGUCGUUCCUACUCGCGCAGCCGUUCCCGCUCCAGGGGUUCAAGAUCGAGGUCUCGCUCAGACUCGAAGAGCUCUCGGGGACGCUCCCGUAGCCGUUCUAGGUCUCGCUCCCGUUCCAGGCAUUGAAGUAUAUGGUUGA